AUGGAACCCGAAUCCCUUCGGUCCAGCGCGCAGCGCUGUCCCCAGCAUCAUCCUCCCCAGCGCGUGGGCGCCCCAGAGGCUGCGCACUGGUACCCCAGCCCGGGCUCAGCCCGCCCCCGCGCUGCCCGCCCGCCCGCCGCCCGCAGCCCCGCAGCCCCGCAGCAGCCACAGGGGGAACCAAAGAGACAGAAGCCUUCCCAGCUGCCCGGACCACAGACGCCAACACCCCCCGCCCCCCACCCCACGCCGCCCUCCCGCCCGCCCGCGCCCCGCACGCCAGCCAGCCCACGACCGAGCGGCGGCGGCAGGCUGCAGGCUGCGGAGACAGACGCGGCUGUGCGCGCUAGCGGCCGGGCUCGCCACCUCGGGUGCCUCGCUCGCUCCCGCCCGCCCGCCCGCUCGGCCAGAGCGGGGUCCCCGUCCGCGGCCGCCGCGCGAGCCCCCUCAGUUCCCGGGAAGGGAGGUCGCGGCAGCGGCCCGGCGGCAGCGGUGACCGUGGCGUCCGCGGCGACAGUGGCGGCGGAGGUCGCCGCAGCGGCGGCGGCGGCGGCGGCGGCGGCAGAGGCGGCGGCGGCGACCGUGGCGGAGGCGGUGGCGGAGGCCUCCGUGGCGGAGGCGGAAGCAGAGGUGGAGGCUGAGGUGGAGGCCGAGGCCAGCCUGGGGGAGGCGGCGGCGGCGGCCAGGGCCGGGGAGAAGGCAGAGGCCGGCGGCGCGGCCGCGGCCACGGCCGCGGCGCCUUGA